UCAGAGGAGACAUCGUUCAAACUGGGGCAGUAGAACUCGACGGACAUUUAACUGCUUUUAACAGGUAUUCCUAAAUUUAUUUAGUGGGAUUUUUCUCUUCCCUGAGAACCGUGUAGUUGGCUUACAUUUCAGAUAUAAUAUUACGGGUCUCGAGAGGAAAUGGAAGGUUUUAACACGUGGACUUGCGCCUGACAUCCAACCAUGAGUAAGGACACAGACAUGGACUUGGAGGAGGUGAAGCUGAACACGGUGGACCAGGAGAAGCAGCCUAUGGCCGGAGACUGUCCCUCUCUUUCUGGAGAGAAGAACGGCAGCGUGAAGCUGAAGAUUCCUGAUGAGGAUGUAACAUUCACCGGCCUCUCCAAGGAGGAGCUGAUGAAGGUGGCUGGCACCCCGGGGUGGGUGCGAACCCGCUGGGUGCUGCUGGUACUGUUCUGGCUGGGCUGGGUCGGCAUGCUGGCCGGCGCCAUAGUGAUCAUCGUCCAGGCUCCUCGCUGCAAACCCAUCCCUGAGAUGCACUGGUGGAAUGAAGGGCCUCUGUACCAGAUCCCCAACCUUCUUGCUUUCUCCGACGGACUGAAAGGUCUUGAGGGGAAGUUGGACCAGCUGAACCAGUUAAAGGUCAAAGGUCUGGUUCUUGGUCCACUUCACGUCGUCCAGAAGGACCAGCCAAACACUCUGGAUCUUACAAAGAUCCGCGCUGAUCAUGGAAAGGUGGAAGAGUUGGAGGCUGUGCUACAGAAGGCUAAAAAGAAAGGUAUUUCUGUGGUUCUUGACCUGACUCCAAACUACGAGGGAUCUAAACCAUGGUUUUCUGCCGCUGACAAUGAGAUGGUGGAGAAAGUCAGGGACGCAGCAGAGCACUGGAUAAAGCUGGGUGUUGAUGGCAUCAAGGUGUCAGACCUAAAGAUUGCCUCCAGGUCCAACGAGUGGCAAACACUGAGGACUGUCGUCCAGGGCAACCACACGGUCGGCACAACCAGGGCGCUGAUUGGUGCGGUAGAAGGGGCUCAAGCAGAUGAGGUGGCCCACCUGAUCAACACCACUGGGGUGGAUAUUAUUCUGCCCAGCCUCCUCAGCUCCAUUGACAACGGCGUGGCGCGUAUCAAAGCUGUGGACGUCCUCUACUCUCAGCAGAGCAGUGUGGGCUGGGGUCUCGGCGCCAGUAAACUGGAGCCUUUGUCUAAAACAGCAACAUCCUCAGACCUGCAGCGUCUUUACCAGCUGCUGCUCUUCACUUUGCCUGGAAUACCAGUGUUUACCUACGGAGAUGAACUUGGCCUUCAAGUAAAUGGUUCCAAAUGGCCCAACAUGAUUUGGGAAAUGGACGCUAACCAGACGGAAAGCAGGAUGUGGUUCAAAUCCCUCAGUGACCUCCGAGGCAAGGAGCGCUCGCUGCUUCACGGCGACUAUUAUCCGCUCAACUCCUCUGCCACAGCCCUCGCCUUCCUUCGUGUGUGGGACCAGAGCGAAAGAUACAUAACCGCAGUUAACUGGGGAGAGAAACCAGCAGAACUAAAACUUACACUUCCUCCUACAGAAGGUGUAACUUUGCCAGACACAGCCGAAGUGAAGAUGUCGACAGAUGAAAAUCUGACAGCGCAGUCGUCCGUCAGCCUGGAGAAAUUCACUCUAGGACCUGAAAAGGCCGUGAUCCUGCAGUUCCCCUUUACUGGCUAAAGAUGGCGCCAAACCUGCAGCAAAGUUGUCUGCAGAUCAGAUUUAUUUUGUAGAAGCUCAAGUCAGCAAUGCUAAAUCUUAGGAGUUGGAUGAAACGUUUUAAAAAUUCAGGAUUUGUAUUUUGUUACCAUAACAAAUCAUUAGUUUGGUCAGGAUGUGUUUGGAGGAAAGCAGUGGCCAGUUUCAGCUUUUUAAAAAUGUCUUUUGUUCAAAAACAAAAUGCUUUUUAACGUUGACUUUUUGUUCAGAUGUGCAAGACAUUCCACCUGUGUUUUAUUUUAAACAUUCCUUUAUUGUGUUUUUGUUUUCUAAACCAGUGUUUUAGUGAAUGUUCCAGCUCUUUAUUUCCACUCCUGGAAAACAUUUUUGGAUUCGGACAAAUAACUGAAGGUUGUGGAAACAAAAUUAAAGAAAUGAGUAAACUGG